CCAUACCUAUCUAUGUUCGUCUCUGCAACAGAUCUGUCUCCAUUUCUCUCUCUCUACUUAAAAAACACAACAAAACCCUCUACCCAAAACAGAGGUUUCUGUUCUCUCUCUCUCUCACCUCGCCUCUGCCAAAAGCCAUCGUUAUCUUCCAGAACCCAUGAGUCUCCUCUGAAACUGCAUGUGAAAAUUUGGUAUAGAAAAGAGGAGAGAUCUGUGACUUCCUUUAAAACGGUGCCGUCUCUUUUAAUCUCUGUUGUCCCUGUGAGACUCACUCACUAACUUCGAUGCCCACUUGCCUCUCUCUCAUUAAUGAGCAACAAAGCUCUCAUCUUCAGUGUACCUGAAUCAGCACAAAGCUUGAUCCUUUACCUUCAAAGUUUCCAUCUUUUCCCCAUUUGGGUUCUCAAUUCUCCGAUUUAAAACUUCAUUUCGCCGAUUUGUUUUCGGGUUUUCUGAGAUUCGAGACAUUAAAAGCUGUAAUCUUUGGUUUCACAAAGAUGAGAUACGAUUCGAUUUGGUUUCUGUAAAUGACGACGACGACGAGAGUCGCUGCUUCCUCUUCCUCAGCUCGGAACCGAAUCCUGAAAGACGCAAAUGGAGACAUCGGCGAGCAUCUCCGUAACCACAUCCACUUAACCAACUGCAUCCACCUGAAGAACCAUAUGCACAAACAGAGCCCUGUCUUAACCGACCGUGCCUUGAUGAGAGACCUCAUCGUCCUCCAAAGGUCACGCUCCCUCAGAGACCCCUCCGCAAGCCCUCCCGCCUGGAACACCCCUCCUUCGAUUGUGGACUUGCUUCCCAAGAAAGGAGAGAAGAACAAGUCCAAGUCUAGCCGUAGGUUGUCUGCUCUGAGUGGCUCUUCACCCGUUGUGAACUUCGGGACGUGUAGAGUGACUCCUUCUGAUGAAGGGUUUGGUAGGAGGGUGAAGAGAGAGGAGUCUAGUAGGAAGAGUUAUAGAGUUGAGGAGGAGACUCAUUGUGGUGAUACGGGUUCGAAAGCUAGUGGGAGGCUUAGUAGAAUCAAUGACGCUAUUGCUAAGACAUUGUCUGAUCAGUUACAUGAGGCUGUUGUGGGUGGUGGUGAUAGUGAUGAUGUUGUUUCAUCUAAUGUUCGUCCACGUGUUAGAUAUGGUGGCGGUGGAAUGAGUCGGACUAAGAGAAGGAAGUUUAGAGGGACGAGGAGAGUUCGUGGUAAGAGUAUAGAUAUAGAUACUGGGGGUGGUGGGAAGAGUGAGAUGUCUGUUGCUUCUAACUCAGUUCCUCAAGGUGAGAAAGAAGGAUUAGGGGAACAGAACAUGACUAAGGCUUGUGGGAUUCCGUUUAACUGGUCUAGAAUCCAUCACCGUGGGAAGACUUUUCUAGACAAAGCGGGUAGGAGUUUGUCUUGUGGUAUGUCUGAUUCAAAGGGGAGAAAAGGUGAAGCCAGUGAGAGGAGGAAUGGUUCUGAUUUGAUGAUGAGACAGCCUGAGGAUGAUGAUGAUGACUCGAGCUCUUUCGUCUGCUCUGAUGGCGGCGAGGCGCUUCCUUUGCUAGUUGACAGUGCUGAGAAUGAAGGAUGGGUGCAUGAUUACUCAGGAGAGUUAGGGAUCUUUGCGGAUAACUUGCUCAAGAACGAAGAGGAUUCUGAUCUUGCUUCAGAAGCAAGGUCAGGAGAGAAAAGACACAAUAAGAAGAAGAGUCAUCAUCAUCAUCAGCUGCAUCAGCAUCAGAGUCUUACGGAGAAGUACACUCCUAAAACGUUCAGGGAUCUUGUGGGGCAGAACCUUGUUGUACAAGCUCUCUCCAACGCUGUUGCUAGACGUAAGCUCGGACUGUUAUACGUGUUCCACGGUCCAAACGGAACGGGGAAGACCUCUUGCGCUAGGAUAUUCGCAAGGGCUCUCAACUGCCACUCUUCAGAACAGCAGAAGCCUUGUGGCGUUUGCACCUCAUGCGUCUCGCACGAGAUGGGGAAAAGCUGGAACAUUCGAGAAGUAGGUCCUGUAGGGAACUUCGACUUUGAGAAUCUGCUUGACGGUAACAACAGUGUGACGGUUUCAUCUCAUUCCCCUCGUGUGUUCAUCUUCGAUGAUUGCGAUACAUUGUCGUCUGAUUGCUGGAGUGCUGUCUCCAAAGUGGUGGAUAGAGCAGCGCCGCGACGCGUGGUCUUUAUCCUGGUGUGUUCGAGUCUCGAUGUGUUGCCUCAUGUGAUCAUCUCGAGGUGUCAGAAGUUCUUUUUCCCGAAGCUCAAAGACGCAGAUAUUGUUUAUUCAUUGCAGUGGAUUGCGUCGAAGGAAGAGAUUGAGAUAGAGAAAGAUGCUUUGAAGCUUAUUGCUUCGAGAUCGGAUGGUUCUUUGAGGGAUGCUGAGAUGACUCUUGAACAGCUGAGUUUGUUGGGACAGAGGAUCUCUGUUCCUUUGGUUCAAGAACUGGUUGGACUUGUGUCUGAUGAGAAGUUAGUGGAUCUUCUUGAUUUAGCUUUAUCUGCAGAUACUGUAAACACAGUGAAGAACUUAAGAACAAUAAUGGAAACAAGUGUAGAACCAUUGGCUUUAAUGUCUCAGCUUGCAACGGUCAUAACCGACAUUCUCGCGGGUAGCUAUGACCUCACUAAAGAUCAGCAUAGAAGAAAGUUUUUUCGACGGCAACCAUUAUCUAAAGAAGAUAUGGAGAAGCUGAGACAAGCUCUCAAGACUCUAUCCGAGGCAGAGAAGCAGCUGAGAGUAUCAAACGAUAAGCUGACUUGGCUCACAGCCGCUUUGCUUCAGCUGGCUCCUGAUCAGAACUAUCUGCUUAACCGUUCUUCUACUGCGGACACUAGCGUAAACCGAACUCCGUUGCCGUUAGAGAACAAUGGAGGCAGAGAAAGAGAGAGCUCAGAUCACCAUCUUGAUCCUUCUAGCGACGCAGCAGCAGGGGAAAGAAGUUCUGGAUUAGACAGAAAAAGUAGAAAAAACCGACCGGCUGUUGAAGAGAUUUGGCUGGAAGUUAUUGAGAAGCUUAGAGUAAACGGUUUGAGAGAGUUUCUUUAUAAAGAAGGAAGAAUCGUCUCUCUUAGUCUCGGUUCAGCUCCUACGGUGCACUUAAUGUUCAGCUCACCGUUAACAAAGUCCACGGCUGAGAAGUUCCGUGGGCAUAUAAUGCAAGCGUUUGAGGCGGUUCUUGAGUCUCCGGUAACUAUAGAGAUCAGAUGCGAGACAAAGAGAGACUCGAGGCCAAGAUCGUCUUUAGCACUCGUUGGACAAGAUCACAACGUGAAUGGAAGCGGGAGAAGUGAGAUAGUUGAGGUCAUUGAAUCUAAUGGACAAAGACGGCGUCAGCAACAGAAGGAAGAGGAGGAAAGGAAAGAGCGAGGAGUUGGUUCAUCCGCGUUGGCUCGAGCUAGAAGGAAACAUAUGGAAGCAAGCCAGAGUCAGAACCAGAGCCAGAGCAUUGUGAGAGGUAAGGUCUCGUUGGCUCAUGUGAUUCAGCAAGCUGAUGGAUGCACACUUCAAAACGGCUGGUCUAAACGCAAAGCCGUGUCUAUCGCUGAGAAGCUGGAACAAGAGAAUCUGAGGCUAGAAGCUAGAUCAAGAAGCUUGUUAUGCUGGAAAACCUCAAGAGGCACACGUCGCAAGGCAACGAGGUUGAAGGUGAGAGGAAGAAGGACAAGACCACGGACGUUAUUGAAACUCGUGUCGUGCGGGAAAUGUCUUUCGACGAGAUCUCCAUCAAGAUAAUGUGUUUUGUUCUUUUGUCGACCAUACGCAAAUUGUUAUGUAGUCAUAGUCAGUUGUAGCCUUCUUUGCAAUUGUAAUAGUUCUUCUGGAUCUUCUUCUUAUCACAAAAAAUAAAAUGGAUUAGUUUUUGUAAGUCUAUUCUUAAAGAGUUGUAAUGAAAUGGUGGAGAUGCUUUCAUUAA